UCAUCCCGCACGUCUGCACCCCAUGCAAGAAGAGAACCAGAAAUAUUUGAGCAUCAAAUACAGCAAAGACACGCCCAACACGAUCGAGCUGCACAUCAACGGAGAGUCUCAUACGCUGGGAAAUAUGAUUGCUGAGAAGAUUCUGAGUGAUCCGCGCUGCACUUUCAGCGCAUACAAGGUGAGCCAUCCACUCAAUGAGGAGGUGGACCUGAAAGUGAGCGCGGAGAAGGACACACCUGUUCUUACUCUGAUCAAGGAGAAUUUAAAGGGUCUUGAGGAGGAUCUUGACAGCCUGAUAGGUCAGGCGAAGGAAGAGUGGAAAAAUGAGAGAUAGUAAAUAAAUUACGGAUUUGACGGUGAUAAACGGUUCAUUGCUUGUACUGCACAACUGGUUGAGCAUGGUGAACCGGAAAUGCAUCUUUAGAUGAGUGUUGGUGUGGUGGUUGCCGUUUAUGAUGUAGAAGAGAAUCUAGCGGUUGUUCAACAGCAGGUACUGUCAACGCGCGGUAAGUACAUUUAAAAACAUAGGUUUUUUGUGUAAGUGGUGCGAUUCUACCAUGGAUGUGCAUGCCGUUGAGUUCUGAGACUUUUGAUAUUAAACGUGCUUGUGAAGCCG